AAAUGUCAACAACGCAUAUGACAUGAGUCGCUAUAAUAAAGAUUAAACGCGAGAAAAAAAAAAGAUCACUGAAACAAAAAGAGAGAGAGAGAGAGAGACAUGGCCAGUGAAGGAGACGCGACGUCUGCUGCGACUGCGACGAGCGAUGCGGCGAGAGGUACAGGCGGCAAAUUAAGGCGACAAACCGCGAGGAGGCACUCAGCAGCGACGCCGUAUUCUCGACCACCUCAGAACCAGGCACAAAGGAGGCCGUGGAUCUCGAGAAUCGUCGAUCCCGCUUAUCGGAUAAUUUCCGGCGGCGCCACGAGAAUACUUCCCUACUUCUUCUCGAAUGCAGCCUCCGCUCCUACUGCUCUCACAGCUCCACCAGAAGAUGAAGAUCGACACCAAGAUGAGUUGCAAGAUGAUCCAGAGGAGAAUGAUCCCAGCAGUGUAACACCAAGUUUAAGUAAACCGAAGCUAGCAACAAUUGAAGAGGGAGGUACUAGUGGUACAGCAAACGUCAACGAAAGCAAUUUCAAUAUCAGUGCACAGGCUAAAGGCAACAUAGCUUUGAAUGAUGUCGUUGCGAUCUCGGAGCUUGAAAGGCUAAUGGAAGGAAAAACGUUUUCACGGGCGGAAACUGAUCGUCUUAUAGAGAUAUUAAAUUCAAGGGCUACUGAUCUAUCUGAUGUCGUGAGAGACGAGCGAGUGGAGAUCCCUCUGAGAGAGGGAGUCAAGAAAAAUAUGAGUUUUCUUGAUAAGAGAAAACAACCAAUUGGUGCCAAGGAUGCUAGUAGUGAGCUUUGGUCUACGCCAACACCACUUGCCAAGUCAAUAACUCUUGACGGAGUCAAACAGGUGCGGGAUGAAGCUGGUCUAUCACCAGCAGAACUUGCUAAGGCGUAUAUGGGAGGCCAGACACCAUCAAGUAGUUCCCAAGGUUUUGUAGCAAGAAAUGAAAAGAAUAGUCUAGACGGGGGUAUGUUUGUAGCAAAUUAUUCUGGUGCAUCACCAUCGAGCAAGCCUUCCGCACGUUGGCCUGGUGUCAAGUUAAAUGAGCAACUUGGUUUUGCAACUCCUCAAAACCAACGAGAAAAUUUUGGGAUUCAAAGUUUUCCAAGGACCCCAUAUCCUAGAUCCAUCCUCUCAAGUUCUAAGUCAAAGCUGAUGCAAUUGCAAGACAACAGUAGCAAGCGCCUGAGCACCCUCCAGUCUCCUUCCCAAAGUGCGCAGACAAGAUAUGGCCAGCUCAAAUUUAGCAAGGGAAGUGAGAGUGGAGUUUUUGGACCCAGUAGAAGAGCUCGCCAGAGCGCCACCAUGUCUCCGUAUUCACGACCUUCCAGGGGGCGUUUUGAAAAUUCUGCUAACAUGAAGAGCUAUGAAGCAGGGGAAUCAAGUAUAUCUAUGCCGCAGACAACAACCUAUGGGAAGCAUAUAGUAUUAGAAGUUGGUACACCGACUGUGCCUAGACAUUCUAGUCAGAUCGCUAGGACGAUACUGGAUCACCUUGAACGGACGCAACCCACCCCGAAAGAUAAAUCUGCUGAGUUAAAGCUUGCCACUUCUUGGAGAUAUCCACAAUCUUCAAAAACUGUUGAACCAAGCAACUCCAACAUCAACAAUGUGACAAAAGAUGGCUCAGUCAAGUUGAAUGAAGAUAUCCAGAACGUUAUCUCUAACGUUCCGUCAUCUUCUGUGGCUAGACUACCUGAAGUUACCACCCGUGACGCUCAAAAUGCAAUAACCAAGACCGCUUCGGCAUCAAAUGGAAUAUUCAGUGGAAGUAGCAGUGGUACCACACUCCUCCAAUAUGAGUUAGGGAAGCCUAAGGACUCUCUCUCCGGAAGGACACAUGAAAAGGACGGUACAAUAGCUGUUUCCAGUUCGAUAGGAGGCGAGCCAGCGAAUCUGCCGAAACCACCAUCUCAAUCACUGGGAAAUAAUAAUAAUAAUAAACGGCUACUCUCAUCGAUCUCAGUGACCAAGCCUAACCAAAGAUGGGCAUUUCCUUCGGGCUCAAACGCUAGCUUCACAUUCCCAGUCUCUUCAUCCGAUGGAGCAACAUCUUCAGAGCCCCCAACUCCAUCCAUCAUGCCAUUCACAACAAGCACAGCAGCAAGUGGUGAUGGUGUUGCCAUUACAAGUCAUCAUGAUGAAGCAACAAAAGAUGAUGAAAUUCCUCAGUUUAGUUUCGGUGGUAACAGAAGAGGAGAUAAGUCGCCUCUGGUGUUCAAUUUUCCAUCAGUGAGCGAAGAAGUGAUGAAUGAGGAUGAUGAGAAGUUAGGUAUCAAAUAUACAUUUGGGUCUAAAAAGCCGGAGAGAAUAUCAUUCAGCUCUGCAGGAAGCGAUGGUGUUUGCUGUUAAAACAAGGACGAUGUUUUUUGUGAUCGAUCUUUAGUACCACAGAUUGUGUUUUUUUUUUUAGUUUGGGAAACUACUCAACAAAAAUUUGUGAGAUAUUAACACUUGUUAAAUUAUUGGUUGUGUUACGAAAGUAAACAAAAGCGGCCACCGUAAUGUUUGA